AUGGCAGACUCAACACCCCCCAAAGUCACCCUAUACACCUAUUUCCGCUCCUCCUGCUCAGCCAGACUCCGCAUCGCCCUCAACCUCAAAUGCAUCCCUUACACCCCAAUAGCCGUCAACCUCCUCAAAGGCGAGCAAUCUUCCACAGACAACAUCGCGCUCAAUCCCUCCGGCACAGUUCCCACCCUGAUCGUGGAACACCACUCCAAAGACCCCGUGACCAUCACGCAAUCCCUCGCAGCACUCGAGUACCUCGAAGAAAUCACCCCAGCCUCAUCCCACGCCCUCCUCCCACCAGCAUCCAACCCCGAGGCCCGCGCAGUCGUCCGCACCCUGGUAGACAUCAUGUCCUGCGAUGUCCAACCUGUGACUAAUCUCCGGAUUCUGAAGCGGGUGGCGCCAUUCGGCGUGGACCGGGCCGCGUGGUCGAAGGAUCUGAUCGAGGAUGGCUUCCGCGCGUACGAGGCCAUCGCGGCGAAGAGUGCGGGGCUUUUCAGCGUGGGUGAUAGCAUUACCAUGGCGGAUGUGUGUCUGCUUCCUGCGGUGUGGGGUGCUGAGAGGGCGGGGGUGAAGGUGGAGGAGUUUCCUACGAUCUAUCGGGUUGCACAGCGGUUGGAGGAGGAAGAUGCGGUGAAGAGGGCGCAUUGGAGGACGCAGCCUGAUACGCCGGAGGAGUUUCGAGUGAGUUCGUCUUGA